UUAGCUACAAGUUUGCAGUACACAUGAUGGAGAAUGAGGAGGAUCUGGAGUCACUUGGAGAGAAAUUGUACCAUCUUGUCAGUGCCAAACAUGCCGAUAUGGCUCCCAAACUAACAGGAAUGCUGCUGGAGCUGCCGGAGGCCGUCGUUAGUCAGAUGCUGCAGGAUGAGGCUUUACUUACCAAAGCGCUGGAGAGAGCGGUGGCAGCCCUACAACACGAUAACUCACACACAGAUCUACAACCUGCCAACAGUAAACCAGUAUCACAGGUUGAUGAUGCUGACUCUGUCGCUUCUGACUCUCUGGGUGAACAGUUGUACGAGCUCAUUGAACUUCUCAACACAGGACACACGGAAAAAAUAACAGGCAUGCUGUUGGAGCAGAAAAAAGAGGUGGUUCUGAACCUGCUGUCUGACCCUGUACUGCUGGAAAAGAAAGUCAACAUGGCUCUGAAAACCUUACACCAGCAUAGAAAGGAGGAGUCUGAUGUGAGCGACUGCUCAGAGCAAGACAAGCUGGAAGCGAUCGGAGAGAGAUUGUUUACUCUUGUACAAGACAUAGAGCAUGCACACUGCGCAGAUAUCACUGGAAUGCUGUUAGAACUGGACUCCAGCAUCCUGAAGCAGAUUUUGACAGAUCGUGUCAUGCUGGAAGCAGCAGUGCAACGAGCAAAGAGUGCUCUGGAGAACACUUCGGAUCAAACGCAACCAGAGAUGAAUUAGUAUAACGGUUGAAAUAUAAAUGUACUGUAUUUAUGCAUGAACAUUGUACAAAUGUGCCCAACAACCAUUAUUAUUAACAUGGAGUCGCCUACACCAAACCCCUUCCUCCACACUGUCGCCCGUGGCAACUUUACCAGCCUCAAUUCGUCUAGGAAGACUCUCUACGAGAGGGUGUGGUGUGUCUGCAGGAAAUGUACGGACAAAAGCGCAUGUGUGAGGUCAGGCACUAAGGAUGGACGGGAAGGUCUGGAUCACAAUAGAUGUCUUUAAAGACUUGGCUUUGUGCACACAGUAAAGAGUUUUAUACAACCCCAAAUCAGAUAUUUCAUGUUUUAUCUGCUCAAACAUCCAUUCCUGCAUUUCAGGCCUGCAACACAUUCCAAAAAAGUUGGGACAGUAAAACAUUUACCACUUUGCAGUGUUGCCAUUCCUUUUCACCACACUUAAAAGACGUUUUGGCACCGAGAAGACCAAGUGAUUGUGUUUCAGCUUUUAUUUUGUCUCAUUCUUCCUGGUCGCAUUUUUCGUUUCAAAAUUCUCCACACAUUCUCUAUUGGGGACAGGUCAGGACUGCAGGCAGGCCAGUCCAGUACCCGUACCCUCUUCUUCUGCAGCCGUGCCUUUGUGAUGUGUGCAGCAUGUGGUUUUGCAUCGUCUUGUUGAAAAAUGCAUGGACGUUCCUGGAAAAGAUGACGUCUUGAAGGCAGCAUAUGUUGCUCUAAGAUCUCGAUGUACUUUUCUGCAUUAAUGCUGCCAUCACAGAAGUGUAAAUGACCUUUGCCAAGGGCACUGCCACAGCCCCAUACCAUGACAGACCCUGGCUUUUGGAAUUGUUCCUGAUUACAGUCUGGAUGGUCCUUUUCGUCUUUGGUCCGGAGCACACGACGUCCUUUUUUCCAAAAAAAGACCUGGAAUGCUGAUUCAUCUGACCACAAUACACGUUUCCACUGUGUGAUGGUCCAUCCUAGAUGUCUCCGAGCCCAGAGAACUCAACGCCGCUUCUGGACAUGGUUAACAUAAGGCUUCUUUUUUGCACAGUAAAGUUUUAAGUGGCAUUUGUGCAUGUAACUCUGUAUUGUAGUGCUUGACAAAGGUCCUCACCCAUGUGAUUAUAUCAGCUAUUGAGUGGCGGUUCUUGAUGCAGUGCCGUCUGAGGGAUCAGAUGAUCAUUUACAUUUACAUUUUCAGCAUUUAGCAGACACCUUUAUCCAAAGCGACUUACAAUUGAGACAGUAUACAUCGCAAGCAGUUGAGGGCUCAAGGGCCCAACAGUGGCAAGCUGGCUGAUGCGGGGCUUGAACCAGCAACCUUCUGAUUACUAGUCCUGUACCUUAACCGCUGUGCUACCACUGAUCACAGGUGUUCAGCUUAAGCUUGCAUCCUUGGCCUUUACACACAGAAAUUUCUCCCGAUUCCUUGAAUCGUUUAAUGAUAUUAUGCACUGUAGAGGGAGAAAUAUGCAAAUCCCUUCCAAUCUUUCUUUGAGGUACCUUGUUUUUAAACAUUUCAAUCAUUUUCUCACACAUUUGUUGACAAACUGGAGAUUCUCUGAUCAUCUUUGUUCAUCAAAGACUCAGCCUUUCCUGGAUGCUGCUUUUGUACCAAACCAUGAUUACAAUCACAUCAUUAUUUAGUUUUUUCACAUCAGUACCAUUAUCCAUUUUUGGAAUCUGUUGCAGGCCUGAAAUGCAGGAAUGGAGGUAUAUUAACAAAUGAAAUUAAGUUGAGCAGACAAAACAUGAAAUAUCUCGGGUUCAUCCUGUCUGCAAUCAAACAAAAGUCAAAGUAAAUGUAAGGAACCACCAUGGGAUAAUGUUUUGUGAUUAUUAUGUUGCAACAUUCCUAGUAAUGAAAAUGUGAAAUAAAAAUUCCAUUAAAAUACACAGAAGAGCUAAAGAGCUCAAAAAUA